UCACCGCAAACAGAUGGUUGAAAAUGGAGGUCAAUUCCUAAUUCACAUGGUGAAAGUUGGUUAUUGUGAAACAUAAAGUGUGGUGGUCGAGAUGAGUAGAUCUUCCACAUGUUUUUGUUGCUGUUAAAGAUCUUGAAGACGAACUCGAGCAAUGCCAAAACACAUACUGUUUGAUAUUUUUCUUUGAGAUUUUGAAAUCAGUAAGAGAGAGACAGAGAGACAGAGAGAAAAUGGGUAAGGAAAAAAAUGCCUGGAUGGGGAUGCAGAAGAAGCGGUGGGCAUUGAUGGUUUUGGCUUUGUUUUCUCUUUCAACGGUUAUGGUGUUCUUCAUGAGGACGGCUUUCGAUUCGUGCAGUGCAAGUACCAGUACCGGUUUUGGUGGAGGAAAAGUUAGAGAGCCUGAGAUUCACUCGGACGAUCGACUCCGAAGUGUUGCACCGAACCCUCUCCAAUUCAUGAAGUCUAAACUGGUCCUCUUGGUUUCUCAUGAGCUUUCAUUAUCCGGAGGUCCAUUGUUACUUAUGGAGCUGGCAUUUCUAUUAAGAGGUGUUGGCGCGGAGGUUGUUUGGAUCACUAACCAGAAACCAGCGGAACCUGACGAAGUGGUCUACAGCUUAGAGCAUAAAAUGUUGGACCGAGGAGUGCAGGUGUUCAAUGCAAGAGGUCAAAAGGCCAUAGACACAGCUCUUAAGGCGGAUUUAAUUGUUCUGAAUACUGCUGUUGCUGGGAAAUGGCUGGAUGCUGUACUAAAGGAAAAUGUUGCUCAAGUUCUUCCAAAGGUUUUAUGGUGGAUUCAUGAAAUGCGGGGGCAUUAUUUUAAAGUGGAGUACGUUAAGCACCUCCCUUUUGUUGCAGGUGCCAUGAUUGAUUCGCAUACAACUGCUGAAUACUGGAAGAACAGGACUCGAGAACGCCUACGGAUUGAAAUGUCUAAAACUUAUGUCGUGCACCUUGGAAAUAGCAAGGAACUGAUGGAAGUUGCUGAAGAUAGUGUAUCAAGGAGGGUUCUUCGUGAGCAUGUACGGGAGUCUCUUGGAGUGCGAAGUGACGAUCUACUCUUUGCCAUCAUAAAUAGUGUUUCUCGUGGGAAAGGACAGGAUCUAUUUCUCCGUGCAUUUCAUGAAAGUCUGCAGUUGAUCCAAGACAAAAAGUUGCAGGUGCCAACAAUGCAUGCCCUUGUAGUGGGAAGUGACAUGAAUGCUCAGACAAAGUUUGAAACAGAACUGCGAAACUUUGUAUUAGAGAAAAAGAUAAAGGAUCGUGUUCACUUUGUGAACAAAACCUUGACUGUGGCUCCUUAUCUGGCUGCCAUUGAUGUUCUUGUUCAGAACUCUCAGGCACGGGGAGAAUGCUUUGGAAGGAUAACAAUUGAAGCGAUGGCCUUUCAGCUGCCUGUAUUGGGAACAGCCGCUGGGGGCACGAUGGAGAUUGUAGUGAAUGGCACAACCGGCUUCUUGCAUCCUGUUAGUAAAGAAGGCAUAACUCCGCUGGCCAAUAACAUUGUGAACAUGGCCACACAUGUAGAGAGGAGGCUGAGAAUGGGCAAGAAAGGAUACGAGCUGGUAAAAGAGAGGUUCUUGGAACAACACAUGGCACAAAGAAUUGCUCUGGUUUUGAAGGAUGUGUUGCAGAAUGCAAAGAGCCGUGCUGAUUCUUAACUUGCAAAGCACUUCACUAUUCACUUGAGCCAAAAAAAAAAAAAAAAAAAAAAAGAAGGUCCACCAAUUAAUUUCGAUGGGAUUGGGACUUGGGACACAUACAAUGUACUAUUUUAAAUUCCUUUUUGUACCAUACGUAGGAGGAGUUUCCGUAAAUAGACAAAGUGAGUCGUGAAUAUGGUAGUCAUUUUCUCCUUCCCGUAAGGUAUACUUUGGGAGAAGUGUUUGAUUAUAAGUGUGUGCUUGCUUUUGUAAAUCACCUUUUUGUAGUGGAUCGAUUUUGGUAAAGCAUGCUUCAUUUUUAGGUUA